AUGGAGCCGAGAGUGAUGGAUGAUGACCUGCUCAAGCUGGCCGUGGCAGAGCAGGGCCCCCGCGAGGAGGCUGGGCAGCUGGCCAAGCAGGAGGGCAUCCUCUUCAAGGAUGUCCUGUCCCUGCAGCUGGACUUCCAGAACAUCCUCCGGAUAGACAACCUCUGGCAGUUUGAGAACUUGAGGAAGCUGCAGCUGGACAAUAACAUCAUUGAGAGGAUUGAGGGCUUGGAGAACCUCACACAUCUGGUCUGGUUGGAUCUGUCCUUCAACAACAUCGAGACCAUCGAGGGGCUGGACACACUUGUGAACCUGGAGGACCUGAGCUUGUUCAACAACCGCAUCUCCAAGAUCAACUCCCUGGAUGCGCUGGCCAAGCUUCAGGUGCUGUCCCUGGGCAACAACCAGAUCUUCAACAUGAUGAAUGUCAUCUACCUGCGGCGGUUCAAGGACCUGCGGACGCUCAGCCUCUCUGGGAACCCCAUCUCUGAGGCGGAGGAUUACAAGAUGUUCGUCUGUGCCUACCUUCCUGACCUCGUGUACCUGGACUUCCGGCGUAUUGACGACCUCACAAGAGAGCUGGCGGAGGUCAAGCACCAGUACACCAUUGAUGAGCUGAAGCACCGUGAGGACCUGACACAGGCCCAGCGGGAGGAGGCGCAGGCCCGGAGGGAGGAGCUGGAGGAGCACAAGGCUGCAUUCAUCGAGCACCUGGACGGCUCCUUCCUGUUUGACAGCAUGUAUGCUGAGGACGUGGAGGGUAACAAGCUGUCCUACUUGCCCGGCGUCGGCGAGCUCCUUGAGGCCUACAAGGACAAAUUUGUCAUCAUCUGCCUGAACAUUUUUGAGUAUGGCCUGAAACAGCAGGAGAAGCGGAAAAUGGAGAUUGACACAUUCAAUGAGUGCAUCCAAGAGGCUAUCCAGGAGAACCAGGAGCAGGGCAAGCGGAAGAUUGCCGAGUUUGAGGAGAAGCACCUGCUGAACUUGAGUGCUAUUCGAGAUGAGCCUGAGAUGCCUGUCAUUGAGAUGAAGAUAGUGGAGUGCGGCGAGGACAUCACCCAGCUAUUCAACACGCUCAUGACCCUGGAGAUGCAGCUGGUGGAGCAGCUGGAGGAAACGAUAAACAUUUUUGAAAGGAACAUCAUCGACUUGGUGGGACUCUUUAUCGAAAACGUCCAAAGCCUCAUGGCUCAGUGCCGGGACCUGGAGAGCCACCACCACGAGAAGCUCCUGGAGAUAUCCAUCAACACCCUCGAGAAGAUCGUCAAGGGCGAGCUUGAUGAAGACCUGCCUGACGAUGUCCGUGCACUUUUUGUCGACAAAGACACAAUUGUCAACGCUGUCGGGGCAUCACAUGACAUCCAUCUCCUGAAGAUUGACAACCGGGAGGAUGAGCUGAUCACAAGAGUCAACUCCUGGUGCACGCACUUGGUGGACAAGAUUCACACAGAUGAAAUUAUGAGGAACCGCAAGCGCGUGAAGGAGAUCAAUCAGUACAUUGACCACAUGCAGAAUGAGCUGGACAACCUGGAGUUUGGUGAUAUUCUCGAUUAGGCAUGUUAGCCCUCAGACCCC